UGUCUCCCUUACCCCCUCUCUCCUCCUCUACUCCUCCCCCUCUCUCCUCCUCACCCCCUGUCUCCUUUACCUGUGUGUCCAGCGACACAGUUACUUUCCUGCCACCAGACUGUAGCAGAAUAUGUAGCAGGCAUCUUGUAAGUAAUUUCUACAUACCAUUUACAAAAUGUUAAGGCACUUACCAGCCUGGAAAAUGUUUUUAUAUUUUAUCUUGACUUGUUGCCAGGAUCUUUUUUAUCCAGUCAUGUUUGUUCUGUAUGAACAUAAUUGUAGAAAUACAUUUAGAAUCAGACACCGCUUAUAGAGAUUUGUGUAUGGUUGUAAAACAUAUUCUUACAUUGUGAAUAAGGGUUUGAAAUUAGGCCUAGUCUUUAGGGGACAUUUCCCAUUAAUUCCUUCUGCUCACUUUUAAGGCAAAGUGGGAUAAAUAAUAAUACAUUUUAUUUACAUAUGCUUUACAUGGUAGGCUACUCAAAGACACUUUACAGUAAAACCAGCACAUUUAGCACAUAAACACAGAUACAGCAAUACAACCAAUACAUAAAACAAGCAUAUUAAAAGCAAUUACAGAGUACAACUUUCUUAGUAAGUAGAUAUUUUUCAAUCAUUACGCUUUCAGUCGGUCCGCGAUUGUCUGCCAGGCUUUUCUCUCUGUCUAAUAACAGCAGCCGUAUUUCCUUGUUUACAUUUUAUAUGCUUCACUAUGCUUCAAUUUCCGUAAUUAGUUGCUGCUUAUAUCGGGUAAAAAAUAUGCUGCACGCGUCUUCUCCAUUUCUGCAUCAGUCAAUCUGUGAUCAAUACCAUGGUCUAUUUAAGAAAUCCGUGAAGGUGCACUUAUCCCAACUAUGUACAUCUGGAUUGACAUAGCUUCACCUUCUCAUCCUGGUUUGGCAAACGUGCAACCGAAUAAGCCGCGAUGAGCGGAUCACACCAAGUCCAGCUGCGCUUUUUCAGUUAUCCUGGAUUUCUUUAUUCUACUUUUGUGCAACAGCCCCCUGGAAUGGUGUGGAAGUACAUUGUGCGGGUUUAUGUAAGUAACCUAAUACUCAAAUAAUACGUGUGUCAAAGUGGGACAUUCAUGGGAGCUGUUGACAAUUGACUGAUUCCUAAUGUACAUUAACAGUAACAUGUAGUGUUAUUUAGUUAUGUUUUACACUUGAUUUAAUUGCUUUGAUUAGUGUGUUUUGUAUUGAGUUGUGUUUGGGCACAUAUUUUGCCGUGUAGAGUUUAUUUAGUUGAAUUAGACUAGGGAUCAGCGAAAUGGACAACACCUGAGUAAUUGGACCACACCCCCAGCUCAGGAUGGUUUUUAAGGGCGGAUUUGGGACAGAGGAGGGAGGUGGAAAACAGCAGCAGGUUACGGACGGACGAGAAACGGACGGACGACACGAAGCUUGAAACACUUACUUGUCAGUUAGUCACUGAGUGAGCCAUGCCUCUCUGUAUUGCAACACUCCUCUUUGCCCUGCACUGUGUGUUGCUGACUUCAUGUGUGGCAUUUAGAUGUACACAUCUCUCUGGUGCCCUGGUGCAGAUUGAUGUAGGUGUUGGACAAGUGAUGGGGGUCAACAAAGACGACAGCAUCUUCACAAGGUAUGGAUCGUCAUGGACACAGUUGCCAGGCAAACUGAAGCAUGUCACCGUAGGACCUGCAGGAGUCUGGGGAGCCAACAGAGAGAAUCACAUCUUUAAACUAGUUGGGACCGACUGGCUGAAUGUACCUGGUCUCUUGAAGCAGAUUGAUGCUGGUGGAGACCAGUUUGUGGCAGGAGCCAAUCAUGUCGAUGCCCCCUUCUGUCUUCCAAAGGAGAACACAGUUGGCUACAGUGGAAGUAAUAGUGCUUUGAACUGGCGCCAAAUUCCUGGCAGCCUGAAGUACUACAGCUGUGGUCCUUAUAGCUGCUGGGGUGUUAACAGUGGUGAUCAAAUCUUUGUGAGGAAGGGGGUGAACUCCUUUAAUUGUGAGGGGGACGGUACCUGGCAGAAGGUUCCAGGAAGCCUGUCUAUGAUCGAGGUGGGAAGUGACGGAUCUGUCUAUGGAGUGAAUUCUGCAGGAGGCGUGUUCCGCAGGGAUUCCACGUCUGCCUGUCAACCUGAAGGUACCGGCUGGACCCACCUUCCUCUCUACAGCGGACAGGUGAAACAUGUGUCCUAUGAUCUGGGCCAUCUCUGGCUCAUCCUGAACAAUGAUGCCAUCUACGACUGCACUGAGCUCUGAGCACUGCUCUAACACAGAGGCAGCCCUGCUGGAAAAACCCUGCAGCUUGAAGACUUAAUCAUUACGCACCUUUUAUUUUUUGAUCUUCCAACGCAUCCUUAACUAGAACAGUCAUAAUCAUGCUGUGCUUCUGUUCCAUUAUCCGGUUCCAGUUUGGUUCAUAUGGAUAAACACACCUAUUGUGCAGAAAUGUAAACGACAGUUUCCAGAGACUUCAAAUAUCCUGAAGUGAUCCUGUUACUACAUGAGGGUAUAUUUGGUUAUACUUUCCAGAACUGUUAGUUUUUAAAAUGACCAUAAUGAUUAAUAUCUUUCUUGUGGCUUUGGUGAUCAUUAAAGCUUAUUGUACUCAAAAUUA